AGUUAGCAAAGGUUCUAUAACUGGCAUUCAAGCCAAAUACAAUAACUAUACAAGCGACGAAAUAAAAAUGCGCGGACUGUAAGAAAUAAGAACUUAUUGAUGAAAUGUUGAACAAAGUGGUAGAAUAUUGAUAAAGAUUGUGUCUCCAAUCAGCGUUAUUUUUCAUUCAAUUUUGCUUGCUCCAAGUUCUGAAAUUUUAAAAGGCAAAUAUUCGAUAGAUAUUGGAUUUUUUGUGUAAACUGAAAUAUUUAAAUAUUAUCAGUUUUAAAAAGAGCGAGGCUCAGUGAAUACGUAACUUGUUUAAACUAUUCAGUGGCAAAUUUAUUUUUGUUAAUACUGGAUGUUUAUGGCUAAAUAAGAUUACUAACUGAAAGAAGCACCGAAUAGGAACAUGUAGCUCCACAUAAUUCUCACAGUUUCUUAAGGAACGCAGUAAGUGUAAAGUAUGACGUCAACAGGCGACGUAUUUCUGUCGGUGAGUUCCCAAGCUCCGCAGUCAGACGAAAGACGGCACAGCAUGUUGACACCGGUAAUAGAAGACGACGAGGUUGGAACAGACGGACAGCCAACUGACAGACAAGAACCACUAUAUCCUGAACUUAAUAUCAGCGAGGACCAUAAGAAGAUUUUCAUGACUGAAAGUAAGCAAACGGAAUAUGUUCCAAAUAAAACUGAUAAUGAUGCCGCGGAAGACGUUGUUGAUGGUCCAUGUGAACGGUUGAAUAGUGACGGUGAAAAUUUUGAUGAAAUAUACUCGGACUCUAGUUGUGAAAAUUCUGACACAGAAUCAAAAGAUGGAGAUUAUGAAACUGAUUUAGAAUUCGACGAGGAAAAAUGGCUGUAUCCUGAGAGGUUUGACAUUGACUUAACGGGGAAAGCAAAAUACGUGAAAGUUUGUGAAGACAUGGGUAUCAGUCCAACAACAUAUUUUAUAAAACACAUUCAAGACAGGGAGCUUAAAAUGAAGUUCCAUGGUCUUGGACCACAAAGAAUGAAAGCAUUGUCUAUUCCUUUACAGAUGAACACAAAUAUUGAGAUAUUGAACCUAGAAGGCAAUGCAAUAGAUGAGGACGGUGCAAUAUGUUUAACUAAAGUAUUACGAGAAAAUUUCUUUAUUACAGAACUGGUGCUGGCAGAAAACAAUUUGAGAACAGAAGGAGGCAAAGCCAUUGCGGAGAUGUUGAUAAACAACAGAAAUCUGUACAGAAUUGAUCUCACAAAUAAUGACAUAGGAGAUGGUGCAUCAGAAGUAUUUUGUGAUGUUAUAAAUAACAAUAAACUUUUAAAGAUAAUGUUGCUAGGCAACAACUGUUUUGAGGACGAAGGUGCUAAAUUGUUUAAAUCUGCUAUAGCGGACAAUACAACGCUAGAAGUUCUCGAUCUAAGCUGGAACAAUUUUAAGAAUAAAGGAGCCACAUUAUUGGCAGAAGCGUUACAGGAGAAUAUUGGUUUGAAAAGUUUCAACUUGUCUAUGGCCGGAUUAGGUAAGGAAGGGGCCGAGGCAAUAUCAAGAGCAUUGCGGGAAAAUAGAACACUGCUUGAACUAGAUAUUAGUCUAAACAGGAUAAACAUGGAGGGUGCAAUCGCCUUGGCUAAAGGGGUGAAAGAAAAUGAUACCCUUACAGUGCUGAAGUGCGGGUCCAACCCUUUUGACCAGGAAGGUGCUAUGGAAAUAUUGCAAGCUGUCGACAUGAAUGAUUCAUCAGAAUUAAAACUGCUGGAUUUCAGUAAUAUAAUGGUGAAAAUGAACUUUGCUAAGUUACAAUGCAGACUUCAAGAUGAAAGAGGAAUGAAAAUAAUAAAUGAAGGAGUCAUACCAGAAUUUGCACGUACAAACAGUGCUCGGCUUACCGCAUUCCGGAUAGAUCCGAUUGGAACAUUUAAACAUAAUGCAGGUAGAGCAGACGUUGAUCUCGGAGAGCUGCUUGUUCCAUACUUAGACGAAGAGUAUACUAUAGAUAUAAAGGAAUUCAAAACCAUUAUAAAGAACACCAAGAUUGACUUAUCAUCGGAACAAAUAAAUAUUAUUGCCCUACGACUUGCCCUGGACGGCAGGGUGCAAUGCAGGACAUUAUUUGACAUUAAAGAAGGGGACAGUGAAAGCAGCAAUGAGAACAGCCGGGUACAAUCCCCCGUCAAUACCGACAGGUCCGAAUCAGAGGGGAGGGGAUCAAGAACAAACAAUAAAAUGCUGGCGCCAAAAUUUGUGAAAAAUCACGUGGUGUCUACUUAAAGUUUACUAUUCGCCUAUUUCAUCAUUAGUUACGAAAGAAAUGGUGACCUUGUACCGCAGAAAAAGUGGAACGUUUGCUCCAAAUGAACAACUGCCGAGCUGAAGGUGUUCUCCAUACAACUUUAUCUUUUUCACGGAAUAUUUUGCAACCAUUAAAGACAUUUGGAGACAGUCUCAUAUUAAAAAGAUUUAUUAUAAACCCAUAAUAUGCAACCAUUGAAGACAUUUUGAGACAGCCUCAUAUUAAACUGUUUUAUUAUUAAUGCAUUUAAAUGUAAUGAUGUUUUGAAGUAUUUGGACGUAAAAUGCAAUGUACGUUACACAAGAAAUCAGUCGACUGACGUCAUUGUAGAAUAGUAAAUUGUUAGUUGUGCUACCUAUGUAGUGAAAGGACAAACAGCUUACAUAAUUAUCUAAGUGUGAAAUCAUGCCAUUUACAUAAAGAGUGCUUUCAACCAUAUUACUUUUUGUAUCAUUAUGACAAAUAAACAUAAACAUGUGUAA